AUGGCAUCAACAUCAGACGAUUUCACCAAGCGAAAGCUGUGGGGCGGCCGCUUCACCGGCAACAACGACCCGCUCCUCUUUGCCUACAACGAGUCGCUCUCUUACGACAAGCGCAUGCAUGCCCAGGACAUCCGAGGUUCGCAAGCCUACGCACGCGCUCUCGUAAAGACCGGCGUGCUUAAUGAGCAGGAAAAGGACCAGAUUGUCGCAGGUCUCGACAAGGUCGGUCAGGAGUGGAAGGACGGCACCUUCGAGAUCCACUCCGACGACGAAGACAUCCACACCGCCAACGAGCGUCGUCUCACCGAGCUCAUCGGCAGCGUCGGCGGCAAGCUGCACACUGGCAGGUCCAGGAACGACCAGGUCGCAACUGACAUGCGUCUGUGGCUCAUCGACGAGGUCAAGGCCAUCGAGGGCCACCUCAAAGACUUGAUCCAGGUCAUGAUCGCUCGCGCAAGGCAAGAGGUCGAUGCUCUCAUGCCUGGAUACACCCACCUUCAGCGCGCUCAGCCCAUCCGAUGGUCGCACCUCCUCCUCUCGCACGCCACCUACUUUGCAUCCGACCUUGCCCGUCUACGAGACCUCAUGCCUCGAAUCUCGGUACUUCCUCUCGGCUCGGGUCCUUUGGCUGGCAAUCCCUUUGCCGGCCUCGACCGCGACGCCAUUGCUGCCGACCUGGGCUUCCAGACGGUGGGCCCCAACUCGAUGAACAGCGUCUCAGACCGUGACUUUGUCGUCGAAUACCUCAUGUGGGCCAGCUUGACCUCGAUCCACCUCAGCAAGAUGGCCGAAGACUUUAUCAUCUACUCGACCUCCGAAUUCGGCUUCAUGCAGCUGAGCGACGCCUACAGCACCGGCUCAUCCAUCAUGCCCCAAAAGAAGAAUCCGGACAGCUUGGAGCUCCUUCGAGGCAAGGCGGGUCGCAUCUUUGGUCAGAUGUCCGGCUUCAUGAUGUCGCUCAAAGGCAUCCCGUCCACCUACAACAAGGAUCUGCAGGAAGACAAGGAACCGCUCUUUGACGCCGUCGACACCACCAAGAAUGGCAUCCAGAUCGCCACUGGUGUGCUCUCCACGCUCAACAUCUUCCCCGAAAAGAUGAAGUCGGCCUUGACGCCAGACAUGCUCGCUACCGAUCUGGCAGAAUACCUCGUCCGAAAGGGCAUCCCCUUCCGUGAGACGCAUCACAUCUCUGGCAGCGCAGUGCGUCUGUCUGAGCAGAAAGGUUGCCUGCUUUCGCAACUCACGCUCCAAGAUCUGCGAACGCUGUCGGACAAGUUCGACGACGACGUCAUGCAGGUCUGGUCCUUUGAGCAGAGCGUCGAGCGUCGCGACGCCAAAGGCGGCACUUCGAAGCGCGCCGUGCUCGAACAGUGCGACACGCUCGAAAAGGUACUCUCUUCUCCGUCGCAGUGA